CUGGGUGAGACAACAAAAGUGCCGAUGCCCAAAGUGAAACGUAACAAAAAGAAGGGACGUUCGAAAGCCGGUCGAAUUGAAGCGAAGAAGCAGAAUAUUCGUUUUGAACGGAAAAUGUUUGGUAUUAUGAACGUCCUGGGUGUGACCAAAUCGGAUGAGAAAAAGAAAUCAGAUAAAAAGUCGAAAAAAGAAGACGAACCACAGGAACUUGCCCGAGCCAGUGAUGCCCUUGUGGUUCGCCGGAAGCUGGCCAAGAAACGUCUCAAAUCCGCUUUGGAUGUUCUGAUUCCAUCGAAAGAAUAA